AUGAAGACUCAGAGUUAUCGACGCCAGUCGGCUCCGUCUCUGGUCAUCACCAAGGCUCUGAUCAGGUCCAAGACUCUGUCCAGAGAGAGCUUCCUGGUUCCUGUGUGUCCAGAGACCUGCCCGCUGGUCCAGUCCUUCCUCACCGACUCCAGCAGGUCCUUCCUCCUCCACGGACACGCUCAGCUGAAGACGGGGAUGCAGACUCAGGACAGACACCUCUUCCUGUUCAACGACAUGCUGGUGAUCGCCAAAGCCAAGUCGGCCAACCACUUCAAACAGAAGGCCCAGGUGUGUGUGUGCGAGAUGUGGACGGCGGGAUGCAUGGACGAGGUGUGUGAGGGAAGCACGAACCCCGAGAGCAGCUUCGUCAUGGGCUGGCCCACCUGCAACUGUGUGGCUACGUUUAGCUCAGCAGAACAGAAAGAGAAGUGGCUCUCCCUCCUCAAAAGUCGGAUAAAAGAAGAGAAGGAGAUGGAGGAACCUAAAACCAUCCCUCUGAGAGUCUACGGGAAGGGACUCAACACUUACGCUGUUACCAAGACGCUCCCGGUCAGCAACUCAGAUUCAACCAAUGAGGUGAUCCGACUGGCCCUGCAGCAGUUUGGCAUCAUAGGAAACGUCCGAGACUUCCAGCUGUGGGUCAUCUCCAAGAGGGACACGACUCCUUAUCCUCUGAUCGGUCACGAGUUUCCCUUCAGCAUCCAGAUGAGUCAUGUGAGACCCGGUCAGGCAGGAGGUGGAGGCAGAGAUGCUGCCGCAGCACCUGCAGACAGAGAGAAGAUCCUGCAGGCGGAGCAGGUCUACAAACAGUGUCAGUUCAUCCUGAAGCCUCGACCCGCCGAGGCGCUGCAGCAGCACGUUUCUGCAGAUUUGCCUCAGAAGUCAUUCAAACGGAGGCGUUCGCUCAUCGCCUGGGCCUUCUGGAGAGGCUCCUCGUCCCACCUCAAUGAGCUGUCCCUCGCCGGCGCCGCUCGAGGCUGCCUGUUCAGCCAGCCGCUCAGCUCCGUUUGUGUGGACGACGCCCUGCCGAAGCCCGUCAUGGACAUGCUGGCGUUUCUGUACCACGAGGGUUCGUGGACUCGGGGGAUCUUCCGCCGGUCGGCCGGAGCUCGAGCCGUCAGGGAGCUGCGAGACUCUUUGGACGGCGGAGAGGUUCAGCUUCCUCUGACACGCGACCACGUCUUUGUCAUAGCCGGAGUGUUUAAGGAUUUCUUGCGCAGCAUCCCGGGCAGCUUGUUGUGCUGUGAGCUGCAUGAGGAGUGGAUGGAGGCCCUGGAGGAAGAUGACGACGAGGAGGAACAGGUGCAGGACGUACAGAGGAUGAUCGGUCGGCUGCCCAAAGAGAACGCCCUGCUGCUGCGCUACCUGCUGGCCGUGCUGCACGGUAUCCAGGGCAACGCCCACGAGAACCAGAUGACGAGCUUUAAUUUGUCGGUGUGCAUCGCUCCCAGCAUGCUUUGGCCUCCUGGAGCGCCUUGUAGCCCCGAGGUGGAGGGAGAGGGAACCAAAAAGGUUUGUGAGCUGGUGAAGUUCAUGAUCGAACACAGUCAGCAGAUUCUCGGAGAGGAUCCGUCGUCGCUGUUCGGAGGAGCUCCGCAGAGAGUCAACAGCGAGGAGACGGGAUCAGGGUGCUGGGUCGACCCGCUCACCGACUCUUCCUACGACAGUCUGGAGAACGAGCUGGACAACAGCAGCGGCGGCUCACCAGGAUUCUGCAGCAGAAGGCGUCUCCGGCCCAAACCGCUACAAGGCAGCCUGGACUCCAUCCUCACCUUCAGCGACUACGACCAGGACACCAACCCGGACCCACGCCACAAACAGAAGCUGCAGCCUCGGGGGAGGUUCAGGAGGCAUGAGCCGGACCUGUCCAGCUCCACGCAGGACGCGGUGCUGGCCGAGGCCUCGUCCACCCUGGACUCUCUGUCCCUGGAGGGCCAUCGCACACAGCGGCGCCGCUCAGAGCCGGCCAUAGCGUACGCGGCCAAGUUCCAGCCGUACACUUCAGGCAGCACCGACGGCCUCACCGGCGAGGACGAGGACGGAGAGGAGGAGCUUUCUAGGAAGCCGAGCCGCCACACACUGACCCUGCCCCACUGCAGAGGUCAGAGCGGGGUGAACGGAGGGAGGUCGGCGGCUCUGGAGGCCAGCUCCUCCAGCCUCUCGUCUACACCCGUCUCCCCCGCACCCACCCGCUCCUCCCUUGACUCUCUGGACUCCCUCAGCAGUGACCAGACCUGGGUGAGCAGGAGGGCGCUUCACCCGACCAAGACACAGCUGCCCUCCAACUCACUGUCCACCUCAGUGUCCACCGCAUCCUUCACCUCGGCUGAACAUCCAGAGCGGACUUCAGCCAAAGACUCCCCGCCCAGAGAAGCUCUGAGCUGGGGGACUUUAAAAGGCUGCAGGGGCCUCCACCCGAACUCUUGGCUGAAAAAAGACCGACGGCUGUCGCUGACGCAGCAAGACAACUUGGAGAAGGAAGAGGAGGACAAGGCUGGGGGAGGAGCCACACUGGGCAAACUGGUCCCAGACAGAGGAAGAGCCAGUGAGAAAGGAGCAACGAAAGUCACCUCCAGCAGCCAACUGAAGUCCAAACCAUCCAGGAGAGGCUCCAAAGAUGGAGGGAACCACGCGAGGGUGGGACCGGGUCUGGAGCAUGACAAGCUCCGACACCCUCAACACAACUCCUCCAGCCCUCCCUCCCACCACCGCUCCACUGGGAGCCUCCAGUUUCCCAAAUCCUUCCCCUCUCCAGAGACCCUGGUAACGGUCAAGCAGCUCAGUGACGUCCACAGCAAUCCUAAAGCUGACAUCAGCACCCAGAGGAGGGCGGCGCAGAGCGGAGCCACGGAGCUGAAGCAGCCGUCUCCAUCUCUGUUUUACAAGCACAGCGGACCGUCUCUGUCCCUGUUCAAGCGACAGAAGUCCUACUCUGCAGAAGAAGAGUGUAACUCCCGGCUCUAUCAGCGCCGUGGGUCGGAACCAGGCCGGCAGGUGGUGGACCGAGCUGCCACUCUGACCAGGGCAAGGCUGCCCAGUGAUCCGGGACUCAAGGUGUCAGAGGUGGAUUCACAGGGAGGUGCCUCAGAGGCCCAGUUCUGCCUUUCUCCUCACGCUACCAAAACGGUGAGGGACUACUUCUCGUCCCACCUGCACAGCAAUCCCCACAGCAGCCAGCAGGUGGCGCUGGCUCUGGUGGAGAGUCGCAGGGAGUGGCUGAAGAGAUGCAGCGAUCCAUCAGCAGAACCAGACUUUGACCAGCUGCUGUUUGCUGAAGAGUCCUAUGUGUGA